UACAUGUUAUGAUUUUAACGGCAUCUCAUUUAAUUCUUUCGGCAGACCAUGGGCUCUUCUGUGACCCCUUCGAUAAAUGAAUCCUUUCAAUAUUUGACCGAGUCUUGUUUGGGAUACAUCUGCAGUAACACGACAGCUGCUCCGACCCCUCCAGUGUUAAUGGACGCCUGGCUGGUACCUCUCUGCUUUGGGAUUCUGAUGGUGGUUGGACUCGCUGGAAACUCGCUGGUGAUCUAUGUGGUAACGAAACACAAACAGAUGCGAACAGUUACCAACUUUUACAUAGCAAAUUUGGCUGCAACUGAUAUUAUUUUCCUGGUGUGCUGCGUGCCCUUCACCGCAGUCCUGUAUCCUCUCCCAAGCUGGAUUUUCGGGGAGUUCAUGUGUAAAUUUGUCAAUUACAUGCAACAAGUAUCAGUACAGGCAACAUGUAUUACACUGACUGCAAUGAGUGUGGACAGAUGGUAUGUGACAGUUUAUCCACUCAGAUCCUUGAGGCAAAGAACCCCCCGACUGGCUUUGGGAAUCAGUCUUGGGAUAUGGAUUGGUUCGUUUAUUGUGUCCAUACCAGUGGCUAUCUAUCAGAAGAUUCAAAAUGGAUACUGGUUUGGGCCCCAAGUUUACUGCAGUGAAUCUUUUCCAUCAGCUUUCCUUGAGAAGGCCUUCAUUAUGCAUAACUUCCUAGCUGUUUACCUCCUGCCACUAAUCACAAUUUGUGUAUCCUACACUGCUAUGCUACAUCAGAUGGGGCGACCAACUGUGGAACCCAUUGAUAAUAACCUUCAGGUACAGCUACUUGCUGAAAGAUCAGAGGCCAUGCGUACAAAGAUCUCAAGGAUGUUAGCAGUUAUGGUCCUUCUCUUUGCCAUCUGCUGGGGUCCAAUCCAGUUAUAUAUCCUUUUGCAGUCUUUCCUUCCAAACUUUAACAGGAAUUACUAUACGUACAAAGUGAAGAUCUGGGCCCAUUGCAUGUCUUACACAAAUUCCUCCAUCAAUCCCAUAGUGUACGCAUUCAUGGGAGCCAACUUCAGAAAAUCAUUCAAAAAGGCAUUUCCAUUUAUCUUCAAACAGAGAGUUGGGAGCAUAAAUGGUGGAAAUGCUGCUGGUAAUACAGAGAUGCAUUUUGUUUCAUCUGGAACAUAAAAAAACAAAUAGAUAGGCACCAUUAACUUUGUUCUUCAAACUUCAGUUUGCAUGGUCAAGUAGCAGUUCCUCAAUACUCUGGAAUGAUAGCCAGCAGCAGUCAAUUUCUGCUUACUUACGAUUCAUGGUGCUGAUAAUUUUUUUUUAAAAAAAGAUAAUUGUAUUGAUUCUCACAGCUAGGCUGGCCUGGUCAUUUAGGAUCUAAAUGUCCCAAACCAUUUAAUUCACACCAACCUUAUAAUUCAAGAAGGCUCAUGGGUUGAUCCUGGAUUUUGUUUAGUUCGCUUUGUAAAAUGGUAUCUUCCCCUGCCUCCUCGUGUUUAAAUGGGACAAUAAUAGAAGUCUUGGACUUGGGAUUUAUUAAAUGACAAUAUUGAAUAAGUGAUGUUAUACAAUGUAUUCAUUUUAUUUUUUUUAGCAGAUGACAGAAAGGAUAAGUAGGGAAUUGUCAAAUUCUAAGACACCGGAGGCCUAGAAAAUGGAUGCACCAUUACAUGUAUGAACAGCAGGAAAAAAAAAACACCAGCAUCCAAAGAGAUCAUAAAUUACUUUCAGACAUGCUGAGGAUUGAAUUGGAAAUAAGCUCAUAUUGAGAUCUGGGCUCAAAAUUAGUUUUGAGAUAGGAGACGAAGGGCAAGGUGAAGGGUGCUGCUUUAUUCCAAAAAAAAUUUUGAUUGUGGUCCUUCUUGGGAUCCAGCAUGACCACAGACAUGAAAAGGGGGCCUGAAGACAAUGAUCCUUGUCUUAAGGCCAAAAGAAUAAAUGGAAGUGGGCUCUGACUGGGAUAGUUUAUCUUCCCAAAUACUACAUGAAUAAUGUUCUUUAAUCCAUGUCAGAGAGUAACAAUGUUUCUGGAUGACAAGAUCUUAAAGCAGGUAGUUACUGAAAUUUGCUUCAGAGGAUCUUCCAGGUAGAGAUCCGAGGCAAGAAUCUUCUUUUAGUGUCAGUGAAGUCCAUGGUGGACCUCAGAUCCUGGAUCAUUUCAAGCAGCAGCAGCAGAUGUCUGCUAAUCCCAGUUUGCAGGCCAUCACUACAUAAGGGACUCCACAGAUGAUCUCUACUCAAAGAAAAACAGUCAUAUUCUCUUCAUUGGAUAUACAACACCAAGUAGCAUAAGCACACACAUUUUCAAAGAUGCAAGUUUUCUAAAUGGCUCACAUGUACCCUUGUGGUCUUAACUGUUCUACCUAGCAACACUGUUUUGUUACAUAACAGAAAUGGAUAACAUUCUCUAAAUGUUCAAACUGUAUGUAGUUAUUAGAAGUUACUCAGUAUGGUCAAAGUUAAGGCGCUUGCAUGAUUUGUUCAUUCUCAGGCAUUCCACUGUGUCCAUCAUAUUUCAGCCACUAUGCACACCACUGCUUGGCUGCUUGUAAACAAGGGUUAUCUCCAGUUUACGAGGAACAGCACUUCACAUUCCUCUUGAGUAGCCUCCAGCCCAAUGGCAUGAACAUUGAAGGUAACCCACUCCCUCUGUGUUCCAUUCCCACUCCCACCAGUCCACCUAGGUUCUUUGUCCCAUUGUUCACCUUUUCCAUACGUGCCCCCCCCCCAAUCAGCUAAACACACCGCCUCUUCCACCUAGUUCCAUCUGCCCUUCACCCACAUACCUAUCUACCUAGGUUUCCUCUCCCUUGGUUCACUUUUCCUAUUCCCUCUCCUACCUGGUUCCAUCUGCCCAACAUCACUCCCUUAUCUGGUUCUACCCAUCAGCCUCUGUCUUUACCCUCCCCCCCCCCCCCCAACUUGCUCCAUCUGCCCAUCAUCCCCCAUCAUCUCAUUCCACCUAUCACCUACCAGCCUGUCUCACCCCUCCCUCUCACUUCUAUAUACUGGCUAUUUUCCUUCCACACUCUCAGUUGUGAUACAGGGCCUUGACCCAAAAUGUCAGCCAUCCCUGUGCCUCCACAGAUGCUGCUUGACCCACUGAGUUUUUACAGUAGUUUAUUUUUGUUCCAGCAUCUGCAGUCUCUAGUGUCUCUAUAAGCCAAAUAAAUAGAUGUUAACUCAAUAGAAUUUGACUUUCAUUUCCUGUUAAAUACUUGCUUAUGAUGUUCCAAAUCUUAAAUUUUUUUUAUUUGUUUGUCCUUUGUGAUCUUGCUGCUUGUUCUGUGGUAUUUUUCUAUGGUAUCUCAUUGAAUUUUAUGUACUUAAAAAUUACAAAUAAAAAUAUACUGUAUUAAAAAUG